GUGUGUGUGUGUGUCAUUAAUCUGGAGUGGGAGGGUUAACUGUGUUCUGUUACAGCUCUCCUCCUCUCACUUUCAUACAAACAAUACAUGAACCUCCGACUGCAGCGUCUCUGGAUUUCACAUACCACUAACCACUACUAACACUAUUACUAACACUACUACUAACACUACUACUAACACUACUACUAACACUACUACUAAUCAGGAUGGCGUAUUGGUGGAGUUUUUCGGCGGAGACGUGGGCUCUGAUCGUGAUCCUCAUCAGUCUGAUCCUGCUGUACGGGUACUGGCCACACAGUUUCUUUAAGCGUUUGGGAGUUCCUGGUCCUAAACCGGUGCCAUUUUUUGGAAACAUGUUAGAAUAUCGUAAGGGAAUGCAUAAUUUUGAUAUGAAGUGUUUUCAGAAGUACGGCAGGGUUUGGGGUAUAUACGACGCGAGACAGCCGGCCCUUUGUAUCAUGGACACCGAGAUCAUCAAAACCGUCCUGAUUAAAGAGUGUUACUCUCUCUUCACCAACCGCAGAAAUUUCGGUCUAAACGGUCCUCUGUACGACGCCGUGAACAUCGCCGAGGACGAGAUCUGGAGGAGAAUCAGGAGUGUUCUCUCUCCAUCCUUCACCAGCGGCAGACUGAAGGAGAUGUUUGGAAUCAUGAAGUCUCAUUCUCGCUCAUUGGUUGAAAAUCUGCAGAAGACGUCAGAACGAGGAGAAUCAGCAGAUAUUAAAGAGUUUUUCGGAGCGUACAGUAUGGAUGUGGUGACGAGCACAGCGUUUAGUGUCGAUAUCGACUCCCUGAACAACCCCAAAGAUCCCUUCGUAUCCAACAUCAAGAAAAUGCUGAAGUUUAGCUUAUUCAACCCUCUGUUCCUUGCUGUCUUGUUGUUCCCCUUUAUCACACCGGUGCUGGAGAAAAUGGAUUUGGCCUUUUUCCCGACCGCAGUGACUGAUUUCUUUUACGCCUCCCUGCAAAAGAUCAAAUCUGAACGUGUGGCUCAAGAUCAUAAGAGACGAGUGGACUUCAUGCAGCUGAUGAUCGAUUCUCAGAAAUCAGAAAAAGACAAUCAGAACGGCAAAGAGACAAACAAAGGUCUAAAUGAUCAUGAGAUCCUGUCCCAGUCCAUGAUCUUCAUCUUUGCUGGUUAUGAGACGAGCAGCAGCACGCUGUCGUUUCUCUUCUACAAUCUGGCCAGUAAUCCAGACACGAUGAAGAAACUACAGGAAGAAAUCGAUGCAACUUUCCCCAAUAAGGCCGAAGUUGAUUAUGACGCUGUCAUGAACAUGGAUUAUCUGGACGCUGCUCUGAACGAGUCGCUCAGGUUGUACCCAGUUGCUGUUCGUCUGGAAAGAGUCUGCAAGAAAACUGUUGAGAUAAAUGGCCUUACCAUCCCAAAGGACACCGUAGUCUUGGUCCCCACUUACGCCCUACAUAGGGACCCUGAACACUGGCCUGAUCCAGAGACCUUCAACCCUGAGAGGUUCACUCAGGAGAAUAAGAAGAGCAUCGAGCAGUAUGCGUACAUGCCGUUUGGUUUAGGACCCAGAAACUGCAUCGGGAUGAGGUUUGCCCUUGUGGCCAUGAAGCUGGCUGUUGUUGAGAUACUGCAGAAAUUCGACAUCAGUCUUUCUGAGGAAACAAAGGUUCCUCUGGAGCUGAAAGACACUGGACUUCUGGCUCCUAAACACCCCGUAAAACUCAAACUCACACCUCGGAAAACAUGAAAUUCCUGCAGCAACAACCACAUUACAUCAUAAACUCUGAGGCUCUCCUUCCUUAUAGUCAGUCUCUAUCUGAAAUUUAAACUCAGAUUAGUUGUAUAAUGAUAAUAAAAUAUCCCUCUACACUUUCUCUUCUUGACCAAAGAUAAAUACUAGAAGAAAAUCUUCUUGAUGUGUUAAACUGCAUCUGCCCUUUAAAAUGCACUUGCACUCCUUUUAAACACUUGCAUGUAAACUUCUGGAAGGUGUUUAAUUUGAUGAUUUACCAACAUCAACUGUUUACGAUGUUUACAUUUGUGCAUAUUUGAAGUAUACUGACUGGAACUGGUUGGAAUCUGAGCCUCAUAGCUCAGCUUUGGAGCACCAAACCAGACAGGAGCACCAAACCUGCAUUCCUGUCCAAGUCUGGACCUCCGUAACCUGCCCUGGGAAUGUGGGGAAGAAUUGAGGGAGUCAAAUUUGGCCCAAAACUUUGAUUUUCUCCAAUUUCUUCAUAUUGGCACCAUUACUUAAAGAGGUCAAGACUUAAAUAUGAGCCAAGUUUGGAAUUCCUGUCAUGCUUCACAGCUGAGAUAUGUGACUCAGAUUCCAAACCAAUUCAAUAAUAUAUGCAGGUUUAGGACACAACAUGGAGACAGAUCUACAGCUCAACAAGAUUACAGCAUCAGUUGUCUUCUUCUGAGCAUGAGUACUGUAAACUCCAACAUUCCAGCAAUGUAUCAAUAAAGUAUCACACUUUAAUCUGAAAA